AUGCCUGGACACAUCCCAGCGGACUUUGUACAGGAAUGUUAUGUUGGAGAACUAUGGACACCUAGUUUCCUUAGGUCUUAUUAUAUCAAAACCAAACCUGAUCGUCUUGUUGGAACAAAAUCAGGAACCCUGGGACAUGAGGAAGAAGAGAAACAUAGCCCGAUGUUCAGUCAUUUAAAUCAUUACCCAGAUGGGACGGUGUUAAACGUCCAUUAUAAUGUUUCUGAAAAUCAGAAUUUUAAAAAGAAAGAUGAAAGGUCUGUUUGUGUUCAAAUUGAGAACUCUUCAGAAUAUCAGAGACGUAAUGGGAAAAAGCCAUGUGACGAAUAUGGUAAAACCUUUAAUGUGUAUUCACAUCUUACUGAACAUCAGAAAAUGUAUUCUGGUGAGAAACCUUACAAAUGUGAGGAAUGUGGCAAGACUUUUAAUUGGAAUUCACAUCUUACUGUACAUCAGAGAAUUCAUUCUGGUGAGAAACCUUUCAAGUGUGAGGAAUGUGGCAAAGCCUUUAACAAUAUUUCAUCUCUUACUGUACAUCGAAGAAUUCAUUCUGGUGAGAGAUCAUAUGAAUGUAAAGAAUGUGGCAAGGCCUUUAAUUCAAAAUCACAUCUUACUGUACAUCAGAGACUUCAUUCUGGUGAAAAACCUUACAAAUGUGAAGAAUGUAGCAAAGCCUUUUAUAGGCAUUUUCAUCUUACUGUCCAUAAGAGAAUUCAUUCUGGGGAGAGACCUUAUAAGUGUGAAGAAUGUGGCAAAGGGUUUUAUGUGAAUUCAUGUCUGACUCAGCAUCAGAAAAUUCAUUCUGGUGAGAAACCGUACAAAUGUGAAGAAUGUGGCAAGGCCUUUAGUCGGAAUUCGCAUCUUAUUGUUCAUCAGAGAAUUCAUUCUGGGGAGAGACCUUACAAAUGUGAAGAAUGUGGCAAAGGGUUUUAUGCGAAUUCGAAUCUUACCGUACAUCAGAGAAUUCAUUCUGGUGAGAAACCUUUUAAAUGUGAGGAAUGUGGCAAAGGGUUUUAUGUACAUUCCUGUCUUACCCACCACCAGAAAAUUCAUUCUGGUGAAAAACCUUACAAAUGUGAAGAAUGUGGCAAGGCUUUCAAUUCGAAAUCACAUCUUACUGUACAUGAAAGAAUUCAUUCCGGUGAGAAGCCUUACAAAUGUGAAAAAUGUGGCAAGGACUUCAGUCGGAAUUCACAACUUAGUCGACAUCAGAGAAUUCAUUCUGGUGAGAAGCCAUACAAAUGUGAAGAGUGUGGCAAGAUAUUUAUUCAGUAUUCACAGCUUACCAAACAUCAGAAAAUUCAUUAUGGUAAGUAA